AUGGCGUGGUCACAGCUAGACGUUACGAAGCCGCACUUGGUGUACAUCAUCCUGGGCGGCUUCACCUCCCUCUUCAUGCUGUGCUCGUCCGUCAUCAAGGAGCGCAUGUACAUUGGCGAGGCCACCGUCGCGACGCUGUGCGGGGUCAUCUUCGGGCCUUACGGUGCCAACCUCAUCGACCCGACCAGCUGGGGGUCUACCGACAUCGUCACGAUCGAGUUCUCGCGCAUCGUCCUGGUGGUGCAGUGCUUCGCCGUCGGCGUAGAGCUUCCCCGCUACUACAUGGAGAGGCAUUGGCGGUCCGUGGCGUUCCUGCUGAUCCCCGUCAUGAUGUUCGGCUGGCUGAUCGUCAGCCUGUUCGUGUGGUGGAUGAUACCCGGUUUCAGCUGGGUCGACGGGCUGGUCGUGGCGGCCUGCAUCACAGCCACCGACCCCGUCCUCGCGUCAUCCGUCGUCGGUAAGGGCAAGUUCUCUAAGCGCGUACCCAAGCAUCUGAGGGACCUGCUGUCGGCCGAGUCCGGCUGCAACGACGGCAUGGCCUUCCCCUUCAUCUACCUGUCGCUGUACCUGAUCCAGUACAACAACAAGGCCGGCCCCAUCACCCUGCACUUUGUCUGCUACGUCAUCCUGUACGAGUGCAUCUUCGGCGCCGUCUUCGGCUUCCUCGUCGGCUACAUUGCCCGCCACGGCAUCCGCUUCGCCGAGAGGCACGAGCUCAUCGACAGGGAGAGCUUCCUGGUCUUCUACUUCGUCGUCGCCCUGUUCUGCGCCGGCGCCGGGAGCAUACUGGGCGUCGACGACCUGCUGGUCGGCUUCGCCGCCGGCGUCGGCUUCUCCAACGACGGAUGGUUCGGCGAGAAGACCGAGGAGUCCCACGUGUCCAACGUCAUCGACCUGCUGCUCAACCUGACCUACUUCGUCUACCUGGGCACCAUCAUCCCCUGGGACCAGUACAACAACGGCGUCGAAGGCCUGCGCGUCUGGCGCUUGGUCGUCAUAGCCAUCCUCGUCAUCUUCUUCCGCCGCAUCCCCAUCAUGCUGGCCCUCAAGCCGCUGAUACCCGAUCUGAAGACGUGGCGAGAGGCCCUGUUCGCCGGCCACUUCGGCCCCAUCGGCGUCGGCGCCAUCUUCGUCGCCAUCAUGGCCCGCGCCCAGCUCGAGCACGAGGAGCCCGUCCCGCUGGCUGUGCUGCCCUCGCCCGACGCGGAGCACUACCACACGCUGUACCUCGUCUGGCCCAUCGUCACCUUCAUCGUGAUAUCGUCCAUCCUCGUCCACGGCUCGUCCGUCGCCGUCUUCACCCUCGGCAAGCGCAUCAACACCCUGUCUCUGACCAUGUCGUACACCCAGGGACUCGAGGACGGCCCCACGUGGAUGAACAGGCUGCCUCGCAUCUCGUCAAUCUCGCGCUCUCAGGCUAAGACGUCCGACUCGUCGUUUGACAAGGGCCUCACCUACCCUCCCGGUACUCUCGCCCCGCCUGGCGGCCUCCUGCGCCGCCGCAAGGACGAAGACGGCGGCCGCGUCGGCAGCCGCGCUUCGUCCCUCGUGUCCAGGCGCCGCCGGUCCCGCAGGAGUGGGAACGAGGACUUUGGCGGCCCCAUCUCCCAGUCUGCCAUCUACCCCAACCGCGACCACGAGACGUCCCUACCCUACGGGGAGGAGACCAAGGACGAGGAGGACGGCUCCGGCCGCAAGGAAGAGGGCGUCGACGGGAAUGAUGCCGUCGCCGGCACACCCUCGCCCCAGGACGACGACACCGCCAAGCCUGGAGAGGAGCCUGGAGAGGACUCGCCCGAAGACGAGGGGACCUCGCGUGGCCGUCGCCGUUCCAUGGACCCCGUGACCCUCUACGACGAGGGCGACAACAUGGUCAUCGAGAACCGGGACGGCGAGGUCAUCGAGGUGGUGCCCGCGGCUCACGCCAAGCACGGGGAGGGAGAGCUUCCCCAGCCUGUCACGGCCGGCAAAUCCGAUCAGGCCUCCCGGAGCAGGUGGCCGUUUGGCGAAUUCCGUCGCAAGGUCAGCGACAUGUACUCUUCCGAGAUGGAGAAGCGCAAGGGCAAGGGCUCCGCCUCUCGAAAGCACGAGCCCGCCCGGGCUUACCAGUUUGGUACUACGAUUAUUGUUGAAGAUGAAGACGGUGAAGUCGUCAAGACGUACGAGCUGCCCACGCAGAGGCAGGAAGGCCAAGCCAGCGGCGGUGGUCUCUCGACGGGUCUCAAGUACGUCGGCCUAGGCGGCAAGCACCAGCAGCAGGCCGGUGCCCCCGGCGGUGGUGAAGCCGCAGCAGCGUCAACAGAGGCGACAACAGCAGAAGCGGCAGGAAGCGAGUCACCCAAGGAGCAGCAGGGCGAAAGCGGCAGCAGCGGUGCCGGCGAGCCUCCGGCCUCCAAACCCGUACAGCGCACGGCGACGGGUUGGGCCAACUGGCUAGCGGGCGGGUCGCGCGCAGCCGGGGACGGACAGGACGACUGCCCAGCCGACGACGACGACGACAAGAUCCGCUUCACGAUUGCCAACCAGGGCCGCCGCAUGACCAAGACCGACUUCAUCAACGAGAUGCAGAAGCUGGACGCCACGACGCGUCGACAGGUGGUGGCCGAGCAGAUGAAGAACGGUUCGCCCAAGGCACGCGACGCGGCCUCCGUGGCCGUCGCCAAGACGGAGAAGGACCAGCAACUAUCCUCUCAGCAGCAGCUCACCCCGCAGGUCGUGACGGAGAAGCCCAGCAGCGAAAACGUAGGCUCCUCCUCGUCGUCGUCCUACACAGGUGCUGCUGCUGCAGGUACCUCGACGGCGGGAACGACGGCAACGUCAAAGCAGCAGUCCGCCACGCCGUCCACCCAGACUGGCGAGACGGCCGCCGAGCGCAGAAGGAGACUGGCCGUCAUGGCCGAGCAGGGUGACGGCGAAGAUGAUAAUGACGAGACGCCGGCCGAGAGGAGGAGGCGCGAGGCAGCUCUGGGGAUGGGUGGUGCUGCGGCCGAGAGCGACGACGACGACGAUGACGACGAAGGGGAUAGGAACCCGUCUGGUUUGAGGAUUAGGUUUGCCGAACCAGCACGUGGAAGGAAGUGA